AAUCUCAAAAGCAUAUCAGUGAAUUUUAAAACGACGCAAAUCAUCUGUUCAAUAAAACGUUGUUGUGAAGGUUUAGUCUGUGGGUUUAGGCUUUGUUCCAUCGACUUUGCAUGACUGAUUGAUAAAAUACAAUCAAAACUGAAACCAAUUGAUAAAAAGGCAACGAAAGUCGGUCACGCUUACGAUUGAUUACGUUUGAUCCGGCAAUAACAAACAACUCGUUUAAAUUGGUUUGAAGUCAUCUUCGGUCAGCAUUUAUGGUGUGCGUUAUCAUUGGAGAACAGCAACAACACUACAGACUCCCAUGAAAUCUGCCUGUUGUUAAUAACAAAGUAAAGCUUAGAAUUGUUGAUUAAAUUUUCGUGUAUAAAGAAGAGGCAAUGUUGUUCUCAAAUAUUCUGUAACAGACCGUUCAUCUGUGCGCAUCAAUUCAAUAAGUAGGGUUUGAGUUGGUAUCAUCAGUGGGAAAAAUCUAAAUUACUCAGAUCAAUCGACAGUUCACUUACAAUGGCAAAGGUUAUGACUGUGCGUGGACAAGUGGAUUCAAAGGAACUUGGGUUCACAUUGACCCAUGAACAUUUGUCGUUAGACUUUCAUCACUUUUACGUAGCACCUCCAUCGGGCUUGGAGUUGUACGUAAAUAAAAAGAUCACGCUGCAAAACGUUGGGUAUGUCCGUCAGUACCCUUACAGUUCUGCGUAUAACGUUAACUUCGAAGAUGAUGAUACCCAUGAUGCUGUGCUGAAGGAUGUAAUGCAAUACAAAGCUUGUGGUGGAAAUACAAUCGUCGAGAAUACUUCACAUGGAAUCAAUCGUAACUUGAAGCUUUUGUACAACAUUUCGGAAGCAUGUAACGUACAUAUCGUUGCUGGUACAGGCCAUUAUGUUCAAGCGGUACAACCAGACUCCGUUACCCACAUGACCAUAGAAGAGAUGGGCGAUCUCUAUACAAAGGAGAUUCUGUUCGGUGCACAAGUUGACACCACGGCCAAUGAAACCAAUGUGAUUAAGUGUGGUAUGAUAGGUGAGGUUGGUAGCUCGUGGCCCAUCACAUCAUUUGAGAAGAAAGCUAUCCAGGCUACGGGAGAGACUCAAAGCGUGCUGAACUGUCCGGUAACUUUCCAUCCCGGUCGAGAUAAAGAUGCACCGAGUGAGAUUGUUCGUUUGUACUUGGAAGCUGGAGGCAAGGCUGACAAAUGUGUUAUGUCACAUCUAGAUCGGACCAUAUUAGAUCACGAUGAUUUAUUGGAGUUUGCCAAAUUGGGAACAUACUGCCAAUUCGACCUUUUUGGUACGGAGUGUUCUUACUAUCAGUUGAACAAUUGUGGAUAUAUGCCAUCUGACGAGCAACGUUUGCAAAGUGUCGUGCACAUGAUCAACGAAGGAUACGAAGACCGUGUUCUAAUGUCACAUGAUAUACACACAAAGCAUCGAUUGACCCAUUUCGGUGGACAUGGCUAUUCGCAUAUACUGACCAAUAUUCUGAUGCGUUUGUCGUUGAAGGGAAUCGAUAUCAAAACCGUUGACAACAUCACUAUCAAGAAUCCGGCAAGGUGGUUGGAAAUGAAAAUUUGAGACUAAGCAAUAACGGUCAGCAUUAAGGAGAAAAUGAGAAGUUUGCGUGUCAAGCAGAUAUCGUUUUAUGAUUCUAAAAAGAGUUAUACAUUAGAAUAGCUGUAAAAUUGUAAGAAUAUUUUCAAUUAAGAAGAUGAGAGUGUAUUGCAUGAAUUUGUACUAUUCAUUCGAUUGAAAUAUCCGCGUAAUUCGUCUCCAACUGUAAGCUCGUCUUCUGUAUUUAGUACUAGACUUCCUUGAAAAAAAAACUAGGUAUACAUGUCAAGAUGUAAAGUAAUGGAAUUAUCGAAAUAAUGUCAAAUAAUAUAAUUUAGAUGUUCUUAUAAUAAAACCAUUGAAAAAUAAAACUAUACCCCCGGCUAAGUUGCUACUUUUAGGUGAAUAGAAGAAUCCUUCAAUAAAUAGUUGUUAACAUCGUUGA